AUGGACUUCCUGGCGGGGGAGCAGGAAGUGCUGAAACUCCUCUGUGGGUUUCAGGACUUCUUCCUGCAGCUCUCUAUGCAGGGUUGUAUCACAAAUGAGAUGUGCUGUUUAAAAGCAGCUGGUGGGGGGGGGCUCCUCCACUCAGCGGUGUGGAGCGGAGCAGACAUGACAUCAGUGGGAGAACUGGUGCUGCUGCUGGGCUUACUGGUGAGUGUUCACUGCGAGGUGAGAGCACGGGACCCCGAGGAGGAGGAGGAGGGAGGAAGAGGAGGAGCAGCAUCCCCCCCCCACCUUGAGAGGCUUCACCCCGGGGCGACAGAGACCCCCCCUCUGGGAGAGAGAGGGAACUACCCAGCCCGGACCGGGAACUGGUGUGCCCUCGUGCAGAGUCGUGAGGUCACUGUGGCGGUGGCGUGUGGAACAGAGAAAUACACCAUCAAGUCUCAGAGUCUGUGUCCAAGCAGGAGGCCCGACUGUCAGCUGGUCAUGUACAAACUGUCCACCCGGCCGGUCUACAGGCAGAAGCAGCAGAUCUUCACCGCUCUGCUGUGGCGCUGCUGUCCAGGACACGGAGGACACAACUGUGAGGACACAGUCUCUGAUGCACAGCUGGACUCUGGGAGCUCGGCUCUGAUUGGAGGACCAGUGAGGACAGAGCUCCAGGCUCCAGGUGUGCAGGCUCGGCUCCAGCAGCAGCGCAGUGACCUAAACCGGAUACAGAACGACCGUCAGGCAUUGUACGAUCACCUGGAUCCCCAGGACCACCAGAACCACCAGGACCCACCAAAUCCCCAGGAUCACCAGGACCACCAGAACCCUCCGAACCACCAGGACCACAAGGACUACCAGAAAUCCCAGGACCCCCCGAACCACCAGGAUCCCCAGGACCCACUGAAUCCCCAGGACCACCAGGACCCCCCAAACCCCCAGGACCCCCCGAACCACCAGGAUCCCCAGGACCCACUGAAUCCCCAGGACCCACUGAAUCCCCAGGAGCACCAAAACCCCCAGGACCCACUGAAUCCCCCGAACCCCCAGGACCCCCCAUACUCCCAGAAGCACCAGGACCCCCCGAACCCCCAGGAGCACCAGAACCCCCAGGACACACUGAAUCCCCAGGACCACCAGGACCCCCCGAACCCCCAGGACCCCCCGAACCACCAGGAUCCCCAGGACCCACUGAAUCCCCAGGACCACCAAGACCCCCCGAACCCCCAGGACCCCCCGAACCACCAGGAUCCCCAGGACCCACUGAAUCCCCAGGACCCCCCGAACCCCCAGGACCCACUGAAUCCCCAGGACCACCAGGACUCCGCGAAACCCCUGGAGCCACUGAAACCCCAGGACCACCAGCACCCACUGAAUCCCCAGGACCACCAGGACCCCCUAAACCCCCAAGACCCCCAGGACCACCAGGACCCCGAGGAGCACCAGGACCUCCCGAACCCUCAUGACCACCAGGACCUCCAGCACAACAGCACACAGCCCGCACUGCUGGACCCGGAACUCCUCCUUCCUGCUGUAGAGGAGGUGUAUGCGACCCCGUACCCAGAAGCCCCCACCGCCGUCAUGAUGGCCCAGGUCAUGUCCCAGCUGCAGCCGCUCCUGGAGGGCUUCAACCGCUCCCUGGUGCACCUGAGCCGGCAGGUAGGGGACCUGGCCCGCGACGUGGCCCAGCUGAAGAGCGGCCCACUGGGGGUCGAAAUGCAGGCGGGGCCCCCAGUCGCUCCGGAGCUCGAUGAGGCAGCGGAGGAGCGCCUGGAGGCCAAACUGGACGAAGCGUUCGAGUACGUCAGGGAGGUCCGGAGGCAGAUGGAGAGCCAGCGGACUGACGUGGAGCACAGGCUGCACUCCCAGCAUGCAAUGCUGCACUACAACCUCACCAGCUUUAAGACGGACAUCGACAUGAAGCUGAAACGCCACCAGAAGAUGCUGCAGGUCAGCCUGCAGGCCAUGAACGCCUCGCUGACUGAGCUGAAGCUGGACCAGGAUCAGAUCCCUGAGCAUCAGCUGGAGGGUCUCCCCCCUCCUCCCUCCCUGCCUCCCCGGCUGGACUUCACGUUGACGGUGAGUCGCAGCAACAGUAAUUUAGAAUCCUUCGUCACGUGAUACAAAGACACUCGUUCCAACAGUAAACAUGAGGCAGACAGACUAUAAAACAUAAAUGUUGAUGUUGUUGUGCAGGUGCAGCAGCUGCGGCGGGACGUGAAGCAGCUGGAGAAGCACAUCAACCGGACGGCCCGGACCAGCCAGGUGCAGUUCAUGGAGACGGGGCUGGAGGUGGAGGCGGCGAGGGAGGCGGUGCUGAGGCGGGUGGGCGACCUGGCGGGGAACAUCACCCAGCAGGGCAAGCGGCUGCAGGAGAUGGACGUGGACGUGGACUACCUGUACGAGUUCUUCUACAAGCCCAACUCCACCGGAGACUGCGACUGCAAGGGGCUGAAGGCCACCGUGGCACAGCUGGAGAGGGGCGUGGCUAACGUGACGGAGCUGGCCAAUGAGAACAGAUUAGCGCUGGACGAGGACGGAGAAGGGGGGGCGGGGCAGUGGAGCGGGGACUGGGAGCCGGCGGUGGAGACGCUCCAACAUGGCCUCCAGCAGGUGCAGGACUCCGUGUCCUCGGAGCAGAGCCGCACCAGGACUCUAGAGUUCGGUCUGACGGCCGCGCUGGCCGACGUCUCUGGCCUGAAGGAGGCGGACAGGAAGCUGACGGAGGAGAUGCAACGCCUGUCCGCCUCCUUCAAGUCUCUGCUGACGGACGCCAUCCGACACAGCGACGUGCUGGAGCUGUUGCUGGGGGAGGAGGUGCUGGAGUUCCUGGAGUGGCCCGUCCAGGAUCAGGAGGCGCACUCCAUCCCCACCCUGAAGGAGCAGCUGAGGCUCCUGCAGGAGCAGCUGGGAGGCCGGAGGGAGCAGCCAGGAGGCAGAGAGGAGGUCCCGUCUGCUGACCAGCCCUCCUCCUCCUCCUUCUCUCCCCUCCUCCCUGACGCCUGGCUCCCUGGCAGCAUGAGGAGGAGUGGCGGAGGAGUUGCAGCCCGGGAGCGGCAGCAGCUCCUCCUCCAGCCCGAGGGGAGGCGCCCGCAGAACGGAGGAGAUGGCGGCGAUCUGUGGAAGCUGGAGAAGGAGGUGGAGGAGCUGCGGCUGCAGGUGCUGCGGCUGCAGGAGAAGCCCUGCAACACAUCUGCAGAGAGGGAAGCGCCGCACAGCCUGCAGGCGGAGCUGAGGUGGCUGAAGAGAGGUCUGGAGGAACAUCUCAGAGUGUUCAAGAACGUGUUCAGCAACGCAGACGUGCUGGUGGGGUCGGACGCCACGCUGGAGCUUGACAAACUGUGGCAGCUGGUGAAGAGCAGAGAGGAGAAGAAAGACAGGAAGAGAGGAGGAACCCACCGGAGCAGGAGGGAGGCCUCAGCUGCUGUCCCAGUCAGCCUAUCAGGAGGCUCCCUGCUGCUCGUGGCUCGAUCUCCUCUGAGCGUCUCGAGCGACAUCGUGUUCGACGUGUCUCAGCAUCGGGCUCAGCUUUACUCCGACACCGGCACCUUCACGGCCCCGCUCAGCGGGAUCUACCUGUUCCUGCUCACCUUGGACCUGAGGCCGGGCCCCGCCCAUGUGGUCCUGAGGAGGAGGUCGGGCGGAGCUCCGGUGUCUCUGCACCGCCAGGAGGUGACGGAGGCGGCGGGGCCCGUCACCGGCGUGGGCCUCCUGCCGCUGAGGGAGGGGGAGCGGGUGAGGCUGGAACUGAAGCGAGGAGCGUGGGCGGAGUCAGAGGACAAUGUGUUCACCGUGCUGCUGCUCCACGCGACCACCUGAGGGCGCUGUGGACCAAUCAGAGACUUACAACAUAUUCAGGACUGCAGGCGGAAACAAGUGACCAAGAGAAGAGAAACGUAACAAUGAAGCUGAAGCCCGUUUCCUUCUUUGUGUUCAGUGCGGAGCUGGAGUCAGGCUGUUGUUAGCCUAGCUUAGCAUAAAGCUAGCCUGGCUCCAUCCUGCGCCUCUAAAGCGCUCUGAUUACCAAGUUGUGUUUAAUGUGGACACAAACAGAAACGUUAAACUAUUUGUAUUAUUAUAAUUAUUGUACGAGAAACAGUUUUUCCCACGAAACUGUAGCUUUGUGGUCGAACAACUUCUCUCCCGUCACUCUCUAGUCACUGAAACCGCGUCAUCUCCCCAAAGAAAGAGUUUGUGUAAACGUUAAACAAAUGAUAUUAAUCCGUUUUUCAGAUUUAAAGAUGCUGGCUGUUGUACAGAGCCAGGCUAACUGUUCCCUUUGCUUCCAGUCUUUAUGCUAAGCUAAGCUAAUCACAUCUCCUGCUCCACAAACAAAACGAAGACAUUACUUACUUACUUCAUUAGUAUUUUAUAGAUCUGGUUGGUGUCUGAUGGUCUGUAGAACCUGUAGAACCUGUAGAACCUGCAGAAACUGUAGAACCUGCAGAACCUGUAGAACCUGUAGAAACUGUAGAACCUACAGAACCUGUAGAACCUGUAGAAACUGUAGAACCUACAGAACCUGUAGAACCUGCAGAACCUGCAGAAACUGUAGAACCUGCAGAACCUGUAGAACCUACAGAAACUGUAGAACCUGCUGAAACUGUAGAACCUGAAGAACCUACAGAACCUGCACAUCUGAACACAGAUCAGCUGCUGCCACAGAGUCUUGUGUCUUUUACGGAUUCUUUACUUUACAUAAAGAAAAUAUUUGUAUGUGUAA